AUCCGCAAUUGCUGCCGGACUUCAUGGCUACAACGGUGUCCUUGUAGGGAUGUUGAUGGCUGUUUUCUCAGACAAGGGGGAAUAUUACUGGUGGCUCCUACUUCCUGUUGUUCUCAUGUCCAUGACCUGCCCCAUCUUUACCAGCGCUUUAGCUUCGCUCUUCAGCAAAUGGGACCUUCCGGUUUUCACGCUGCCUUUCAACUUGGCUCUGAGUCUGUUUCUCGGGGCCACCGGCCAUUAUAAUUCUUUCUUCCCUACCACGCUGAUUGAACCAACCGCCUCUUUGCCCAACAACUCUUGGUCCGGCGCUCAAGUGUCUAUGCUUCUGAGGUCUAUUCCAGUAGGAAUUGGGCAGGUCUACGGUUGCGAUAACCCUUGGACUGGUGGCGUCAUCAUGCUGGCUGUGUUCAUUUCAUCCCCUCUCAUCUUCAGUCACGCGGUGCUUGGCUCAGCAGCUGGGAUACCUGCAGCCCUGAGUCUGGCCUCCCCUUUGAACAAAAUUUAUGCUGGCUUGUGGAAUUACAACAGCUGCCUCUCUUGCAUUGCCAUUGGAGGGAUGUUCUACGCCCUCACCUGGGAGACAUUUGUGUUGGCAAUAGCGUGCGUUUGGGCUGCCAGUAGGCACCUGGCCCUUCUGCUUAUCUUCGCUCACUUUCCUGCUCUUAAGCACCACCAACGAGGCCAUCUUCAAGCUGCCUCUCUCCAAAGUCACCUAUCCAGAAGCCAACCGGGCGUACUAUGUGGAGAGAAAGAAACAGUGUUCUGAAGAAUCCGUUUGCGACAAAGUGUAAGCGAGCAAACAGAAGAAUCGGUCUUCCAACUUACAGAGUCUUCCCACGGAAGAGCAGAAGAAAAACCCCUAGUUUUCAGUGGACCGUUUGUUUUUCUCGAUUGUAGAUGCCUCCACUUGGAUCAGUCAAGUUCAACGUUCAAGGUUCAGGAGUGAAUGUAUUCAUCUGGGAAGGAACGUAAUAUAAGUGGGACAAUUCAGUUUAAACCAGGGGUGUCCAAACGUAGCAACUUUAAAACUUGUGGACCUCAAUUCCCAGAAUUUUUCAGCCUUGUUGUUUUUUAAAAAGUCAUAAAAUCAGACAUGACUCACUGAAGAGCUGAUGUGGCCCAGUGGUUGGAGUGCAGUACUGCAGGCUACUUCUGCUUACUGCCGGCUGACUGCAGUUCGGUAGUUCAAAUCUCAC